GCCGCCAAAACCCCACCUCCCCCUCGUCAGACGCGUUCCAAUACCCCGACGUCUGCUUUGCAAAGAAUUACACCUGGCGAGGCAAGUUCGCAACCAUUGAAGGACGCCUCCCCAGAAUCAAGUCUCGCUUCCGCACCGCGCAGGUUCUCUUGCUCGAACUGGCAUGGCGAAGGAGUAUCGGGAUCUGGUCGACAACACCUUGGUCGAGGGUGAACCGCAAAAACUACCUACGUUCGGGCGAACACUACAAUCAUCAUGUGCUCGGUGGCUAGGACCGGAUACGCAAUGGUCUUGGCAACAAAAUUCACCAUGGCUACGGGCCCAGGCCCAAACUUUGCCAAACGUUCACUCGCAGAUCACGUGGCAACCACAACCCGCACCUGAAUUUCCGCUCGUGUCGCCUUCAACGCAACCUGUCAUGCAGGAUGUUGUGCAAACGCCCCGGGAGAGCACUGAACAGAGCCUAGGACAAAAGCCAUUGCAGAGCUCGUUGCAAAGUUCAUUGCAGAGUCAGCCACGAAUCCUAUUGCCGGUGCCGGCCCCAGACGUUGCUCCGCAAGACCCGCGACUCAACCCACAAAUGUAUAGGUAUCAUGUGGAUAGAUGUCGAACGUCCUGUCGUAUACGUAAGAAAAAGUGCGAUGGACGCCAACCAUGCCGUGCAUGCGCAGAAUCCAACUUAGAGUGUGAGUAUCGCUAUCUUCCUCGGCGUCGAGAGGAGACCUCGCGCCAGGCAAUCGAUACGCUUACGGAAUCUGUUAAUAACCUUACCCUGCGGGUGAUAUCCUUAGAGGAAGCUAUUCGUAACAUCAAGCAGUUACCUUAACGACCCCAUAACGAGGCGAGCUUGGCGUAAGCGAGAAGUGCGGUUACUAUAGAUCUAAGCGGUCACGUUCAGGGCUAUUCAUUCUUCAUACGAACGCGUACCGCGUGACCUGCCCUCGAUAUCGAGUAGCAAGCAACGGCGUAUGCGAAGAUAUAUAAAGCGAAGACGCGGGUUUUCGUGCUUGAAAGCUAUCCUGUUC